AUGUCGGGCUGGGCGGACGAGCGCGGCGGCGAGGGCGACGGGCGCAUCUACGUGGGGAACCUUCCUACCGACGUGCGCGAGAAGGACCUGGAGGACUUGUUCUACAAGUACGGCCGUAUCCGCGAGAUCGAGCUCAAGAACCGGCAGGGCCUCGUGCCCUUUGCCUUCGUGCGCUUCGAGGAUCCCCGAGAUGCUGAAGAUGCAAUUUAUGGAAGGAAUGGUUAUGAUUAUGGCCAGUGUCGGCUUCGUGUGGAGUUCCCCAGAACUUAUGGAGGUCGGGGUGGGUGGCCCCGUGGUGGGAGGAAUGGACCUCCUACAAGAAGAUCUGAUUUCCGAGUUCUUGUUUCAGGACUUCCUCCCUCAGGAAGCUGGCAGGACCUGAAGGAUCACAUGAGAGAAGCUGGAGAUGUCUGUUACGCAGAUGUGCAGAAGGAUGGAAUGGGGAUGGUUGAGUAUCUCAGAAAAGAAGACAUGGAAUAUGCCCUGCGUAAACUGGAUGACACCAAAUUCCGCUCUCAUGAGGGUGAAACUUCUUACAUCCGAGUCUAUCCGGAGAGAAGCACCAGCUAUGGCUACUCACGGUCUCGGUCUGGGUCAAGAGGCCGUGACUCUCCAUACCAAAGCAGGGGUUCCCCACACUACUUCUCUCCUUUCAGGCCCUACUGAAACAGGGUACUCCUUCCCAGAAUAGCUACUCAGUUCGGUGAGAAGGGCUCUUGUUCAUCCAGUUUUGGCAAAGAGAUAUUACCUGUUUGAAAACAAUAAUAAAAAUGAAUGUUAU